AUGGAGCUGUAUGAAACCCUUGGGAAAGUGGGAGAGGGAAGCUAUGGAACAGUCAUGAAAUGUAAACAUAAGGACACUGGGAAGAUAGUGGCCAUUAAGAUAUUUUGUGAGAAUCCAGAAAAGUCUGUCAACAAAAUUGCAACAAGAGAAAUUAAGUUUCUAAAGCAAUUUCGCCAUGAGAACCUGGUCAAUCUAAUUGAAGUUUUUAGACAGAAAAAGAAAAUUCACUUGGUGUUUGAAUUUAUUGACCAUACAGUACUAGAUGAGUUACAACAUUAUUGUCAUGGACUAGAGAGUAAACGACUUAAAAAAUACCUCUUCCAGAUCCUUCGAGCCAUUGAAUAUCUUCACAAUAAUAAUGUCAUUCAUCGAGACAUAAAGCCUGAGAAUAUUUUAGUAUCUCAAUUAGGAAUUACUAAGCUCUGUGAUUUUGGUUUUGCACGAACACUGGCAGCUCCUGGGGACAUUUAUACGGACUAUGUGGCCACACGCUGGUAUAGAGCUCCAGAAUUAGUCUUAAAAGAUACCUCUUAUGGAAAACCUGUAGAUAUCUGGGCUUUGGGCUGCAUGAUCAUUGAGAUGGCCACUGGAAAUCCCUAUCUUCCUUGCAGCUCUGAUUUGGAUUUACUUUAUAAAAUUGUUUUAAAAGUAGGCAAUUUGACACCUCACUUGCAGAGUAUCUUUUCCAAGAGUCCCGUUUUUGCUGGGGUGGCCCUUCCUCAAGUUCAACACCACAAAAAUGCAAGGAAAAAGUACCCAAAACUAAAUGGAUUGUUAGCAGAUUUAGUUCAUGCUUGUUUACAAAUUGAUCCAUCUGAGAGAAUAUCAUCCACUGAUCUUUUACAUCAUGAGUAUUUUACUAGAGAUGGAUUUAUUGAAAAAUUCAUUCCGGAACUUAAAGCUAAGUUACUACAAGAAGCAAAAGUCAAUUCAUUCAUAAAACCAAAAGAGAAUUCUAAAGAAAAUGAAUGUAUAAAAGAUAAAAAAAAAUCAAAUUAUACCAAUACACUGCUGACUACUUCAGUUUUGGGAAAGGAAUUGGAGAAAGAUAAAAGGUCCAAGGACACGAAAGCCAGAGUGUUAAAAGUCAAAGGAGGAAAAGGUGGUACUUUAGAACCCAAAAAGGUAGUGUGUGAAGGUGGACGUAGUCAACAGAAUGCAUCUAAACCAAGUUUUCAUACUGUGUCUCAAGAUGCAAAACCUGUAAUAAAUGAACCAUCACAUCCUGUCAAUCCCAUCAAUAACUCUAAUGGCGUGAAACAUGAUCUGCAUGCUGGAGGUAGUAUGGUGAUGCCACCUAUCAAUAUAGCUGGUAGUCAUCUAGUGACUUCAAAUACCAAUUCAAAUGUCUCCCACUCUAAUUUAAGGUGA